GUCCUGGGCUGACUCCUUUGGUGAGGAUUUAUAUUAUAUUGUCACAAAAUAUUCUGGCUCUCUCUUAUUACAGAAGAAGUAUAAAGAUGUGGAACCAAAUCUAAAGAUCAAAGAAGUGGAUGGCUUGGAGCUGGUAAAGUUAUUCUCUAAAGAAAUGGCAAAGAUGCUAUAUAGAAAAGUAGAAGCUGUUGAGCGGUUAGUUGAAGCCGCAGAAGAUGCAGAUGUUUACCAUGAGUACAACUCAUCAUUACAGUUUGAUUAUUACAAUGCUGUUUUGAUUAAUGAAAAGGAUGAAAAUGGUAAUUAUGUGUCACUUGGGAAGGAAUUCAUUCUGGAGCCAAACGAGCAUUUCAAUAAUUUGCCGGUGAACACAACGUCCAGUAAUAUACAGCUUCCAACCAAUGUCUACAACAAAGACCCCGACAUUGUAAAUGGAAUUUACAUGUCGGAAGCCUUGGAUGCUAUUUUUGUGGAGAACUUUGAGCGAGACCCAACUCUCACUUGGCAAUAUUUUGGCAGCACAACGGGGUUCUUCAGGCUUUAUCCAGGAAUAAAAUGGAUACCAGAUGAAAAUGGAGUCCUUUCCUUUGACUGCAGAAAUCGAGGCUGGUAUAUCCAGGCAGCUACAUCACCCAAAGAUAUUGUGAUCGUGGUGGACAUCAGUGGAAGUAUGAAGGGUUUGCGACUCACCAUUGCUAAGCACACUAUUGUCACUAUAUUGGACACACUGGGAGAAAAUGAUUUUGUCAAUAUUAUUGCAUACAAUGACUAUGUUCAUUACAUUGAAUCGUGUUUCAAGGGAAUCCUGGUUCAAGCUGACAGAGAUAACAGGGAGCAUUUCAAGCAGCUGGUGUACGAGUUACAAGCAAAAGGAGUUGGGAAGGUGAACAAAGCCCUGACUGAAUCCUUCAAAAUUCUGAGGGAGUUCAGAGAUGCAGGACAAGGAGGCCUUUGCAACCAAGCAAUCAUGCUGCUCACCGAUGGAGCUAUGGAAGAUUAUGAAUAUGUCUUUGAAAAAUUCAACUGGCCUGAUCGUAAGGUCCGUGUUUUUACAUACCUUAUUGGGAGGGAAGUCAGCUUCGCACAGAAUGUGAAAUGGAUAGCUUGUAACAACAAAGGCUACUACACACAGAUAUCUACUUUGGCUGAUGUGCAAGAGAACGUCAUGGAAUAUUUGCAUGUACUUAGCCGGCCAAUGGUUAUCAACCAUGAUCAUGACAUCAUAUGGACCGAAGCCUAUAUGGAUAGCGCUGUAAGUAUUUCAUGAAAAGUUUCUAGCUCUCAAAGUCUCUUGCUUAUGACAACAGUAGCUAUGCCUGUCUUCAGCAAAAAAAAUGAAACGAGAUCACAUGGCAUCCUUCUGGGUGUAAUAGGGUCGGACGUUCCACUGAGAGAGCUCCUUAAGUUGGCUCCACGAUACAGACUGGGUAUCCACGGAUAUGCCUUUCUAAUUACUAACAAUGGCUACAUUCUGUCUCAUCCCGACCUCCGGCCACUGUACAAAGAAGGGAAAAAGCUGAAGCCCAAACCCAAUUACAACAGUGUUGACCUUUCUGAAGUAGAAUGGGAAGAUGUAAAUGAAACUUUACGAACAGCAAUGAUCAAUGGAGAAACUGGUUAUUUGUCCAUGGAUGUGAAGGUGCCCAUGGAUAAAGGAAAAAGGAUUCUGUUCCUCACGAAUGACUAUUUCUUCACUCAUAUCAGUGGCACUCCAUUUAGCUUGGGAAUUGUUCUGUCACGAGGAUACGGUGAAUACGUGCUGCUUGGGGAAACUUCAGUGGAAGAAGGUUUGCAUGACCUUCUGCAGCCAGAUUUGACCUUAGCCAAUGAGUGGAUUUAUUGUGUUACAGAUAUUGAUCCAGCUCACAGGAAGCUAAGCCAGUUGGAGGCUGUAAUCCGUUUUAUUACAGCAGAAGAACCUGACCUUGAAUGUGACGAGGAGUUAGUUCAACAGGUUCUCUUCGAUGCCGUAGUUACAGCACCUAUGGAAGCUUAUUGGACGACCUUGGCCCUCACCAUGUCCAAUGAAACUGAAGAUGGUGUGCAGAUGGCCUUCAUGGGAACUCGGGCUGGUCUCAUGAGGAAUACCCUUUAUGUAGGAACUGAAAAACUCUCUAACAAGAACUUUUUGACCAGUUAUAAUAAGGAAAGCAUUUUCACCAUGGACCACUUCCCCCUUUGGUAUCGCCGAGCAGCUGAACAUCCUCCAGGGAGCUUCAUUUAUAGCCUUUCUUUUGAGGAAGAAGCAGGUCCAGUGGGGAGAUAUAAUAGCAUGACAGUAAGCACAUCUGUGACUGUGACUAUUGGUGGGAAGACAGGAAUUGCUGCAGCGGUGGGAGUGCAACUUAAACUGGAAUGGCUCCAGCAGAAAUUAUGGGAGGCUACACAGCAGUGUAGUAAUGUGGAAGGCUUGUGUCCAAUGAACUGCCGCGAUGAUAAAUUGAAUUGUUACCUUAUUGAUAACAAUGGAUUCAUACUUGUUUCCAAAAUCUCCAAACAGAUUGGGAAAUUCGUGGGAGAAGUAGAUGGUUCUGUUACAACUCAGCUCGCAAAGAUGGGAAUGUUCAAAAAGGUGAAGAUGUUUGAUUACCAAGCCAUGUGUAAAAUGCACCAUCACCACCACAGCGGUGCCCGCCCUCUUCUCAGUCCAAUUUAUACAUUAUUGGCAGCAGCAAAAUGGAUGAUCACCGAUUUCUUCAUAUUCCUUUCGGAAUUUAACAUUUUUAGUUUCUGGCACACGGAUAACUUGGCGGAUGCCAAAUCCGUUUUUCAUCAUGCUCACAAACAUAAGAAACACGACAUGCUGCAACCCUGUGACACUGAAUAUCCUGUGUUUGUGUAUGAGCCUGCUAUCAAAGAGGCCAAUGGACUGAUUGAGUGUGGAGCCUGUCAGAAGAUGUUUUUGGCGCAGCAAGUUAUGAACAGCAACCUUCUGCUCUUGGUAACCGAUGCCACCUGUGACUGCAGCAUCUUCCCAGCUUUUGUCUUGCAAGCUAAAGAAGUCAAAUAUAACAGUUCGGUGAAAUGCGACAGGAUGCGCUCUCAGAAACCAAGACGCCGACCAGACAGCUGCCAUGCAUUCCAUCCAGAGGAAAAUGCCCAAGAUUGUGGAGGAGCUGCAGCAAUUUCAGCCUCCUCAACUUUGCUCCUGUUUCUGUUGGCAACAACAGCUCUUCUUCUGCGGUGACAAAGUGCACUGCAGUCCUUACAUUGAGCCUGGACUGCUAUUUUCACAUGGACCUCAAACAGAACUUGAACUCAUCACUCCUGAAGGACUUCCUAGGACCGUGAAGGCGAACCUAUGGCACGCGGUCCAGAGAUAGCACGAAGCAUCGUCUCUGUGGGCAUGCAAGCCGUCACCCCAGUUCAGCUUCGCCACACAUGCGCACACACC